AUGACUUUUCAAAAUAUUAAUAUAGAAGAGGAACUUGAACAUCCACAAAUUAAAGAUUGGAGUUGGUUGUGGACUGAUUACAAAUACAGACGAAAUCCUACUUUAAGAACAGGUGCUGAAUUCAACAGGCAUCUCAUCAGCACCUAUGGUGCAUCAUUCAAACAUUGUCUUAAUGAAGCAUCUUCAAAGAGUUUAGAGAAACUAUUUAAGAUUAAUCUGAAAUCGACUAUCGAGAAAAAACUUGAACGAAAUUCCCAUCCGAUUGGACUUGUUAUGGGAGCACCGGGUAUCGGAAAAACUCGAUUUCUUUUAGAGUGUGUUGACCAUAUUCAGUAUAAUUAUCCGGAGAUCUUGGAAAACUAUUUAGUUGACCUUGUUGUUAUUACCUUUAAUUUUCCAUACCAUUGGGAUAAAAAUCAAGAUUCCGAUGCCUGCUUGGGUUUUCAGUUAUUGCAUGCUAUUUUUGCAGAUCCAGUACGUAGGUUUGAUAAUUUUGUUGCUGAUUUAACUGAUGCCAGUUCGAACAAUGUCCAUAUGACACUUGAAAAGGCAAUCAAAAUAGCACGUAAAGGUUUGGGUAUCCUGGAUACAGAUAACUGGCUUAUAGUAGUAGCCAUUGACGAAUUUGAUCAAAUUUUAGAUAGAUUUGAGGGUGACACUGGCCGCAAAUUUCUAUCUGAGUUAACUAAAGUUCUUGGAGCGGUUUUAUGUCAACCACCUACACAAACCACCGUGAUAGGAUUACUGGCAGGAACAAUGGCAACGACUAUGAAUGCUAUAUUCCGUGAAUCAUCUCAUGAGACGAUGUCCGUGCGUCUUUCUCCACUCAACAGAAUUGAGAGAAGAGAGAUUUUGUCAUCGUUGGAUAAAUUUCCACAAAAUUGGGAGACAUGUCAAAAGUUCAGGGCUUCUUUAGCUGAUGUUGGAGGUCUUCCUCGGCUGUUUGAAAAAUUUCUUAUGGAUUGUCAAAAAUAUAUUGAUGAUAGAAUUCCAAUCGAUGAUUGGCCCUACGAAGAAAUUAUCAUACCCGAGGUUAAGUCUUAUGCCCGUACAAAAUACCUUGCCGGUGCUGUGCCAUAUGCUGAAAAACUUAUUGAAGAUACCAUUCUCCAAACCCCUGUUUUCCGUGAAAGCAUAAUAGAUCCAACAGAAAAGUUACCUGCUACAUAUGGCGAUCUCGAAUCUCGUGCUGAUAUUCUUCUUGUUGAACAAAAUGAUAAGACAUGUAUAGUUACCUUGCCAUUUCUUCUUCUUCAAUGGCUAGUUCUAGUUAAGGGAGGUCUUUCCAAUCCAGCGACAAACUUACUCAGAGACAUUAUUGAUCCUGAUAGGGAACAUAAUACAUGGCAAGAAUUUGAAGUAUUAGUUGCCAUGUUUAACGCUAUAAAAAUAAUGUUCUUUUAUCAGCGUGAGUCACGAAAAAGAUCAAAUGGUGAUCCUAUAUUCUUAAGUCUAGAAAAAAUUUUUGGUACAAAAGCUCCUUCAUAUAAUAUUAUACUAUCUCAGAAUAUUAAUGUCUGUAGAUCUCGUGAGCAAUUUCCACAGAAGAAAAAAAUCGCUGACACCAGGACAAGAGAAUAUAUAAAAUGGGAAGAAGAUGGUCCUAUAGUUUUAAAUGGUAUAUCGGCAAACUUUGCAGAUAUUUUCACGGUUAGAAAAACAUAUGAUACUUCUCUUGUUAGUAAUGAUCAUAAUUAUUUGAUGAUAUGCGAACAGUGUAAACAAGAUUUCACAGAUACGAAACUAACAAAAAAAAGGAUUGAAAAUGAGAUCUCAAAAAUAUACGAAGCUAUCAAAAAGCAUGCUCCCAAGUACAAAGAAUGUUGGAUGCUCAUAAUUUAUAGCACACAAAAAAUAGAAGAAAAAAUUGAUCACGAAAGAUGUAUAGUUCUUGACAGCAUAGGAAUGGAACGCCAUUUUGGUUCAGCUUUGGCAGAAAGAGUCUUUUCUAUGCUAGAAAAUCAAAAAAUUAAUACCAAUAAUUUUGAAGUUGAUGAAUCCUGUGGAAUUGGAACUUCAAAUAAUAUGGUUAAAGAACAACGAAAUAGUCUAACCAAUAUUUACGGGUGGAAUGAUUUAAAACGUCGCAUUAGUAAAAUUCCCAAAAUUUGA